CAUGUUUCAUAAACAAAGCACACUCCAUUCGCACAUCUCACCGAAUUAUUAGUGUUGCAUGUUAAAUUAACCACCUUUUUCUAAUUCCUAGCAAUGCCGUUAGAUUACUUGAAAACAGAGACAGUGGGGGGGCGUGAUCGAUACGACGAUACGACCAUACGACCGAUACAACCGGAUACAACUACAGUAGCUAACGGUAGCUACAGUAGGAUAUAGCACUACGCUACGGUAGAGUAGGCCUGUGGGGCCCGAAUGGAUGUGUUUGUAGGGUUUGUAGUGUUGACGGAUAGUGAUUAGAGGCCCUAGAGGCUGUAAUGGCAUGUGAUUGGGUGAAGAGGAGAGAGAUGUGCCAGCUGCGCGAAUUCUUGUGAUGACUGAAUUUUGAAUGAGUCAUUGUGUGAACGCAUAUGUAGAUGUAACAGAUAAUGAUGUACGUAAAAUAUUGUUGCUCGGGUGGCAUAUGGCCACAGACGUAAUAUUAUUAGUGUCUCGGUAGUGUGCCUACAUCUUUUAUCAUUAUACGACGUUUUCCUCAGUAAGUAGAAGAGAAAAAUGGAUUAUUCCGUCAACACCAGGCCACUUCUCCAACACAGUGAAAGUGAAAGUGAUUUUGAAGAUGACAUCUUGGAAGUGAAUAGAUGUGAUCACCAAGAUGACCAUGUUGUUGUGACAAAAGACUUGAAGCCACUGUUUAAAGCACGAGAACCAAGUGAUAGAUACAACUUGGCCUAUUUAAUAUUUUAUCUUCUGGGAAUGACAACAUUACUUCCAUGGAAUUUUUUUAUUACUGCAGAUGAUUACUGGAUGUUCAAGUUCCGUGAUGUUACUGCAAAUGUUUCGGAUAAGAGCAACAGGACAGAACUUCAAGCAGGCUUUACAGCAUACCUGAGUGUUGCAUCUACCAUUCCCAACACACUGUUCCUUAUUCUUAACUCAUUACUCAGCCACAAAAUUUCACUCCAAAUUAGAAUGAUUGGUUCACUCUCAUCCAUCUUCCUUUUAUUUGUGUUGACCACAGUGUUUGUGAAAGUGGAUACAGAUUCCUGGCAAGAACUGUUUUUCAUCAUUACACUGGUCACAGUGGUAUUUCUUAACAUUGCAAGUGCAAUAUUACAGGGUGGUCUGUUUGGUAUUGUGGGCAAGUUCUCAUCACGGUAUAUCACCGCAGUAGUGAGCGGCCAGGCUUUGGGUGGAAUCUUUGCAGCAUUGGCAGAGAUUGCGUCUCUAUGCCUUGGAGCUUCUUCUACAAUUAGUGCAUUUGUCUACUUCAUGGUGGCUAAUGGGAUGCUGCUUCUUUCUCUUGCUGCAUAUCUUGUCCUUUCACGUGCGGUAUUUUUCCGAUUCCACAUGCUGGACAAAGUUGAAGUGAGCUCUGUGCAGUAUGAACCAGCAGUCUUUCAAGCUAGUGAUAAUCCUCCCACACAGGAAAUUUCUAACAGGACUAUUCUCAGUAAGAUUUGGGUGUAUGGAUUCUCUCUGUGGAUGACAUUUGUGGUGACCUUAACAUUGUAUCCAGCGGUUACUGUCUUAGUAAACUCAACAGGCAGAGGAAACAGCAAACCUUGGAAUGAUAUGUACUUUGUUCCUGUGGUAGGAUACCUAAUCUUCAGCACAUGUGACUAUGUGGGGAGGAUUCUUGCAGGAUUGCUGCAAUGGCCACGGAGCAGUAGUUGGGUAGUUGCUCUGCUGAGCAUGUUUCGAGUUGUGUUCAUUCCCCUUCUGCUGCUAUGCAAUGCUCAACCUCGUCAUCACUUACCAGUCGUUAUGAACUCAGAUCUCUACUACAUUCUCAUCAUUGUGCUGUUUGCAUUGUCCAAUGGCUACUUGGCAAACAUUACUCUCAUCUGUGUACCCAAAAUUGUUGAUUCCACAGAGCAAGAGACUGCUUCUUCAAUGAUGGCUGCCUUUCUGGGCAUUGGACUGGCCACUGGCUCAGCUCUCAGUCUUGUAAUGGUCAAAGUACUCUAAAGAAGUUCUGUGUGUUAGACACAAACACACAUCAUCUCCUCAGGAAAGGUUUAUCAUUCCAUAUACUGCUAUCAUCAUGUAUCCACCUGAAUUGAGGCUCUUCUUCAACAUGAUCCAGUAGCACCAUUUGAUGUAUAUAUCCUGUUACUAUUAAGUUUUAUGUUGAGAAGGGAGUUUAAUGUAAUUGUCAUGUUAAAGUGCAUAUACACUCCUGCAUUUCACACUUCAUGCAGAAAUACCCACAAAAAUGCAGCAUCAUGUAAUUGUAAAUGAUCUGAGUCACCAGUAGCUAAUGUGUUCCUUGUUUAUCUUUUAAGUGGGGAGAUUAAGUAUUGAAUUCUGAAAUGAAUUAUUAUCACACUGAUAUUAUAACGCUUUUCCAUAGACAGCUGUUAGAGAGUUUAGAUUGCAACCCAAAUCAGGGUGUCAGGAUCCUUGGUGGGGACAUGGAGGGAAAUAAGAAGACUUCUUCCUUUUAUCUUGAUGAUUUAUUCUGACCGUCUUACAGCACUAAAGUGCCGAAACAUGUAGUGCAAG